AAAUGGAUACAUAUGUGUGUUACGUAGUAUUCCAUUCUAAAAGAUCCAAAGAGGACAAGCCGGUGCUCACUUUAAAUUUACUAAAAAGCUCUUUAGAGCCAUCAGGAAUUGAUAUAAAAAAAUGUGGAGGCUGAGGAUCGGAGCUAAGGCAGGAGAUGACCCUCACUCGACCACCAUCAACAACUACGUAGGAAGGCAGAUAUGGGAGUUUGAUGCCGAUGCAGGCUCUCCAGAGGAACUCUCUGAGGUUGAACAGGCUCGAAAGAAUUUCUCAGAAAAUAGGUCACAAUACAAGGCCAACGCGGAUCUCCUAUGGCGUAUGCAGUUUCUUAGGGAAAAAAAGUUCGAACAGACGAUCCCGCGAGUGAAGAUAGAGAACGCAGAGAAAAUAACAUACGAAGACGCAAGAACGGCUCUGAGAAGAGGAAUACUUUAUAUGGCAGCGUUGCAGUCUGAUGAUGGACAUUGGCCAGCUGAAAACGCUGGUUGUAUGUUCUUCAACGCCCCCUUUGUCAUAUGCUUGUAUAUCACUGGCCAUCUGGAUCAAAUCUUCUCUCUGGAGCAUCGGAAAGAGAUGUUGCGUUACUUAUACAUUCAUCAGAACGAGGAUGGUGGGUGGGGAAUAGACGUUGAAAGCCACAGUUUUAUGUUCUGCACGGUCAUCAACUACAUCUGCCUAAGAAUCUUUGGAGUAGACCCUGAUUAUGAUGGUAAAACAAGUGCGUGUGCGAGGGCUCGUAAAUGGAUCAUUGACCAUGGUGGUGCGACCUAUACGCCAUUGUUCGGAAAAGCUUGGCUUUCGGUUCUUGGAGUGUAUGAAUGGUCUGGUUGCAGGCCCAUACUGCCAGAGUUCUGGUUCUUACCUUCUUAUUUUUCUGUUAACGGAGGCACUCUCUGGAUUUAUUUGCGGGAUACUUUCAUGGCAAUGUCCUAUUUGUAUGGUAAAAAAUUUGUAGCUACACCUACACCUCUCAUUCUACAGCUUCGCGAAGAGCUUUACCCUGAGGCGUAUAAUGAAAUUGAUUGGAGCCAAGCUCGACAUGCAUGCGCCAAGGAAGAUCUAUACUAUCCACAAAACGUAAUACAAGAUUUAUUUUGGAAAAGUGUUCACAUGUUUUCCGAGAAUGUCUUAAAUCGAUGGCCUUUUAACAAGCUCAUAAGAGAAAAAGCUAUCCGAACCGCAAUGGAACUCAUUCACUACCAUGACGAAGCUACCCGAUACAUUACGGGUGGAGCUGUGCCAAAGGUGUUUCAUAUGCUUGCUUGUUGGGUUGAAGAUCCAGAGAGUGAUUUCUUUAAAAAACAUCUUGCUCGUGUCCCUGGUUAUGUAUGGAUUGCAGAGGACGGCCUAAAAAUCCAGACUUUUGGUAGCCAAAUAUGGGACGCAGCCUUCGUGCUACAAGUCAUGUUAGCUGCUGAUGUUGACGAGGAGAUUAAAUCAACGCUCAUAAAAGGGUACUCUUUCUUGAGGAAUUCUCAGUUUACAGAAGACCCUCCUGGUGACUAUGUCAAAAUGUUCAGAGAUCGAUCUAAAGGAGGGUGGGGUUUUUCAGACAAAGAUCAAGGAUGGUUUGUCUCAGAUUGUACUGCUGAAAGUUUAGAGUGUUGUCUGAUCUUUGAAAGCAUGCCGUCGGAGUUCAUUGGUGAGAAAAUGGAUGUGGAGAGGCUUUAUGAAGCUGUCGAUAUGCUUCUGUAUAUGCAGAGCAAAAAUGGAGGCAUAAGCAUAUGGGAGGUAGCGAAUGGGAAAAAAUGGCUUGAGUGGCUUAGUCCCAUAGAGUUUAUUGACGACACAAUUGUCGAGCAUGAGUAUCUAGAAUGCACAGGGUCAGCGGUAGUAGUGUUGGUACGCUUCUUGAAACAUCAUCCAGAGUACAGAAAAAAAGAAGUAGAAAGGGCUAUAACGAAGGGAGUGGAAUACAUCGAAAGCAUGCAACUAGCGGAUGGUUCAUGGUUUGGAAACUGGGGAGUAUGCUUCAUUCCUGGGACCUUCUUUGCUGUACGAGGUCUAGUGGCUGCUGGCAUGACAUACGAAAACAGCGAGGCAAUUCGUAGAGCGGUUCAAUUCAUUCUUGGGACACAAAACAUUGAAGGUGGUUGGGGAGAGAGUUAUCUCUCUUGCCCAAAGAAGAAAUAUAUUCCUUUGGAAGGAAACAAGAGCAAUAUGGUGAAUACAGGACAAGCAUUGAUAAUUCUAAUACUGAGUGGUCAGAUGGAGCGGGACCCUUCACCAGUUCAUCGUGGUGCGAAAGUCUUGAUAAAUUCACAGAUGGAUAACGGUGAUUUCCCACAAGAGGACAUAAGAGGAGUUUACAAGAAUAAUGUUCUGCUACAUUAUCCGACAUAUCGAAACAUUUUCGGUCUUUGGGCACUCAUGUAUUACACAAAGGCUCUACGCUUGCUCCUCUAAAUUCUGAUGACGACUCUUUAGCUCUUUCUUCCUUUUCUCUUCUUUCCAUCUAAAAACAAUAAAAGAACUUAUUGUAUAAAACAAAUAUAUUAUU